AUGGACAAUAUGGCGUCGAAUGUGUCAGUAAGAAGCACCAAACAAAGGAAGGACAAUCUUAUUACGAGGAAACAGGACAAGAGUCCAGAGAAGACUAUCAGAGGGACCAGGGGCGCUUAUAGAGGCAUCCCUUCAACCUCAAAGAAGGAUGAGGAGACGGAUACAGGGUCUACGGAAAGACUGGAUAGGCCAAAGAAGUUCAUCUCGCAGAACAAGAGUGGCUAUGGACUUGGAAAACGCCCCGAUUUUUCACUGAAGAACCGGAACGUGCAUCUAGCUUCGUCACGAUAUGGCCAGAUGACAUCAGGCCUACAUGGGCAUGGGCACCAGAUCUCGCAGCCAGCUCAUCACUUGGAGUCCACGGUGCUACCUGCUAAGGAGAAGACUGUUCAUGGCAAGGAGAAAACCUUCAAGGUGGUGAUGGGCGGUGAGGUGGGUGUGAUGAAGGCGCCGGUGCUGGGCCCGCGGCCGUACAAUGCGCUCGCCAUCAUACACACGCAGCAGAGCAACACCUUCGACAUGCUCAACUCACUAACAACCAGUGUGGCGAGUCAGCCAGUGGUGGGAGUGGGAGUGGGCGGGUACCGGCGGCGCAGCUCGGGGCAGGGCGCGCUAUGCGAUCCCGAGCUGGACGACAGCGGGAACAAACUCGUCGCGCGCCUUGAGGACGAUGCCUUCAUAUCCGAACAGGAUCUGGAAGAAAAUAUUGAGAUUGCGACAGCGACUGCAAAGGGAUUACCACAUGCAGAUGAUACAGGAGGGGAGCAACCGCAAGAACAGCAAAAUGGUUUGGUGUAUGGUCCCAUAUACGACAAACUGGAGCUGGAGAAGGACAAACAGAAGCAGGAUAAAGAAGAUGAAGAAGAACCAAUCGGUGUAUCACCUUGUGGAAGGUUCUUUAAGUAUGACAAGGAGGUGGGACGAGGCUCAUUCAAAACAGUAUACCAUGGGCUAGAUACACAAACGGGAGUUGCUGUUGCUUGGUGCGAGUUGUUGGAGAAAAAGCUGAACAAAACCGAACGUCUCCGGUUCCGCGAAGAGGCUGAUAUGCUAAAGAAGCUCCAGCAUCCCAACAUCGUACGCUUCUAUAACUACUGGGAGGGCACCGUCGCCAAGAAGAAGAACAUUGUAUUGAUCACUGAGCUCAUGCUUUCUGGGACACUUAAAGCGUACCUGCGGAGAUUCAAGAGGAUCAAUCCCAAAGUCCUCAAGUCAUGGUGCCGACAGAUCCUGAAAGGGUUGAAUUUUUUGCAUUCUAGGACACCGCCAAUUAUUCACAGAGAUCUGAAAUGUGAUAACAUCUUCAUAACUGGCACCACGGGAAGCGUGAAAAUUGGAGACCUCGGCCUUGCUACAUUGAAGAACAGGAGUUUUGCCAAGUCCGUUAUUGGCACGCCGGAGUUCAUGGCGCCGGAGAUGUACGAGGAGCACUACGACGAGUCGGUGGACGUGUACGCGUUCGGCAUGUGCAUGCUGGAGAUGGCCACGGGCGAAUACCCGUACAGUGAGUGCAGCGGACCCGCGCAGAUUUAUAAGAAGGUUGUCUCGGGAGUCAAACCACAAAGCUUGGAAAAAGUCACCAUUCCAGAAGUAAGGGAUAUCAUUGAGUCAUGCAUCAGGCCGAAUAAAGCAGACAGGCCAAAAGUAAAGGAUCUUCUAAACCAUGAGUUCUUCGGUGAGGACAUUGGACUGCGGCUUGAGAUUGUCGGUCGCGAUCUCGUUACUUCUUCUGACAUCACCAAGAUACAGUUUCGGCUCAAGAUCAUCGAUCCCAAGAAGAGGUCAUACACGCAUAAGGAGAACGAGGCGAUCCAGUUUGAGUUCGACAUGGAGCACGACGACUGCGAGGAGGUGGCCAACGACAUGGCCAAGGCGGGUCUCAUCAUGGAAGAGGACGCGCGCAUCGUCUUCAAGCUGCUCAAGUCUCAGCUCAUCUCGCUCAACCGAGAGAGGAGUGAGAAGAAAGCCCAAAUGCUGUUUAAUCAAGAGCUGAUCAAUGAGCAGAACCGGCAGCAGCAGUUACUUCUCGAGCAGCAGUUGAGACAGGUGAAAAUGAUCCAAAACCAACAGCAAGCUGGCCCUGUAGAUCAAGUGAAAGCUGGUCUGGUCAAUGGUGUGGGAUCACAGCCUGGACUAGCAGCCGUACAGCUAGACCAACAGUCGCAACUACUUCAAGCCCAACAACAUCUCCUGCAACAUCAAUAUCAACAACAUAUAAGUAAUGAAGAGACUGCCAUGAAGAUCCUGCAGCAUAAUUUCAUACAGUCUAGGAUAUCACCCUCGCUAACCCCCGACCAGCAUAUACUCCAACAACAAAAGGCCAUGCUUGAACAAAAUAUCAAACAACAAGUAAUCAUGGAGCAGAAUCUUUUAAAUCAACAAAUGUUGGAGCAGACGGCACAGGGCCAGUUUAUCGAACAUCAAGCCCAGCAGAUGCUCGAGCCUGUAUCAUCACAAACUCAACUUCAACCAAACCUUCUUAACACACAGUUUGGUAUAAACGAAAUCAGUAAUCAAAAUCAGGCGUUGCAGCAACAGAUUAUACAACAACAGCAAAACAUUAUUGCACAUCAGGCAGCUGCCAUACAACAAAAACAGUUGGAGGAACAGCUAACGGCACAAGAGAAUAUCAUAGCCGGCCCACAACCGAAUCUCGCUACCGGUCAGGUCCUAGACCCGUCCUUACAGAACUUGCAGAAUAUCCUUGCGCAGAUCAUACAAAGACCCGACUCGCUGCAGUCGCGGAAGGACUCAGAGUCAGAACAACAACAAGUGGUGCAGCAAAUGCAGCAAACACAACAAACUCCUGCCUUUAGCCAGCAACCUACUACAGAGAGUAUCGACGUUCUAGCCGCCACGUCUCAACAGGAACAGGAUUCUCUACAACAGAAAAUGAAUAAUUUUCUAGGAUCUCAGAUGCAACAACAUGCUAGUCAGAACGUUAACUUCCAACAGAAUCAGCCACAGUUUAUGCAGCCUAAUAUACUAUCGGCCGCGGUUGACCCGGCCCUUUUAGCUCAGCAACAACAAGUAGCUCAAGCGCAACAGCAAAUGGUUCAAGCCCAGCAUCAGUUGAAUAUGCAAAAGCAAAUGCUGGCGCAACAACAGCUAGUCCUCCAACAACAGAUGCUAACUCAACAACAGUUGCAACUACCGGGUCAGACGCUAUCGCCGCAACAUUUUCGAAACACGAUCUUCCAACAACAACAGUAUUUAGCUCAACAGGAACUGCAAAUACAGACACAACAGAGUAUAAUAGAUCAGCAAAAUUUAGCGCUUAUGGCGCAGAAGCAACAGCUACUUGGGCAGCAGCAACAGAAGGUCGAAGAGAUAAUGAGAGCGCCACGCCCAGUGUAUCAACGGCAGAGUUCAGAACAAAGUCAGAUUAGCACAGCUGAUGUACAUGACCAGCAGCAGACAUUAAUGCCUGAAAAGUAUCAACAGAAACCUCCACUACAGUCCCAAAUGUCUAUUGAUCAAAUGCAGUACCAAAACCCUUAUAUUGAUAUGCAAAUUCAGAAGAAAGAGGAGCACUAUCAUCCUCAAAUGCAAUUGCUACAGGGCCAGUCUCUACCUCAUAACAUACGGGCACAGAAUUUUAAUGUAGUUCAGCAGAGUGAAAGGCAGAUAUCUAGUCAUGAAGGCACUCCGGUGCAGAAUUAUUCUGUCAGUCCUCUGCAAAUGUACCAACAGCAGAAUCAGUCCAUCCAGAACUUGCAGAAUAUUUCUUACCAAGCAGUAGAUUCUUCUGUUCCUACAUCUGUACAACAAAACCCUCCAAUGGUUCAAGAAUCUGCUCCUCAGAUGUCAUCAGUUCAGCAAUCUGUUCAACCUACUGCUCAACCUGCUGUGCAUCCUUCAUCUGCUCCUCAGAUGUCAUCAGUUCAACAAUCUGUUCAACCUACUGCUCAACCUUCUGUGCAGCCUUCUGUUCAACCCUCUGUUCAGCCUUCUGUUCAACCCUCCAUUCAAUCUUCUGUUCAACCCUCAGUUCAAUCCUCAGUUCAACCCUCAAUUCAAUCUGUUCAACCCUCUGCCCAACCUCUGGUUCAACCCUCUGCCCAACCUCCAGUUCAACCCUCUGCCUUACCUCCAGUUCAACCCUCUGCCCAGCCACCAAUUCAACAAUCUGCUCAGCCUUCUGUUCAGUCCUCUGUUCAAAACCAAGAAUCGAUACCACAACAAUUGAGUAUACAGUCCGAUCACUCGGAGAAUGGACAUCAGAGCAAUGGCGGUCAGAAGGAGCAAUUUUUGACACCGAUGACGGAGUUUCCAUCAGGAGCUACACAUCCGGAAUCGAUAAAGCCACCAGACUUGAGUUCCGUAGAUGAAAAGCAAGGAGAAACCCAACAAGAAGUAAGCAGCGGCACAGCAGUUCCUUCACCUAUCACAAAUGAAAAGAAAUCUCGCGGCUCCAAAAAGCGUUCACGAGAAAAAGAUAAGCUGCCCAAACUGACUGUGUUGGAGAUCAAUGAAGCGGCAACAGUGGUGGAAUGUCAGCUCGAGUCCAAAUUCAAAACCGUCACCUUCAAAUUUGACGUCACUGAUGUCAACCCAGAGGAGAUUGCUAGUAAUCUUGUGUCGAACAACCUCCUGCCGGAGGUGCAGAGCGGCGCGUUCACGGAGCUGAUUCGCGACAUCGUGCAGCAGUUGCUCAACGAACCCGGCCAGCUGCCCGUGCUGGGGCCCGCACACCACGCCGCGCUGCGCCUGAACAUCGACCGGACUGACUAUGACUCAGAAACGACGGAGCGUGAAGAAAACCUAACGGACUCCAAUCAGGACAACUCCGAGUGCACGACUCCCACCGCCAGUCAAGACAGCAUCGCACUGGCCGAGUUCGCGGACGAUGAGCCCGCGCCGCUAGCCUCCGCGCCCGCCUCCGCACCCGUCCCCGCCCCAGCCCCCGCCCCCGCUCCCGCCCUGACGCCCGCCGCGCCUUCGCAUGUUCCUGUUGAUGUAUCCCCAAGGAAGAUCAGCACUGCGUCGUCAAUAGGUUCUAAUCAAUCCGACGGCGGAUCGAUAGCACCUGAUCGCUCAGGGAGCUCAGAGUCACAGAAUGGCGAGAAAAAAACACAAAAACCCACUCGUAAGAUAUCAAGAUUUCUAGUCAGUCCCGUCGUUGACCGCGGUGAGGAAGCAUCCGAAGAGAAGACGGCCAUUGAGUCAGAGAAACCGGUAGAGCCAAAACUUUACUCCGAAGUCGCCAAAGAACCACGCAAACUCGACUCUCAAGUCAACGGUCUUACGGAGCAAGAACCUCAGCCACCACCAGUACAACCUGUCUCACAAGUCAUUCCUCAAGAAAAUUAUGUUCCUAACCAACAGUAUUCAGUAGCUUCACAGAUAACUCACGCACCUCAAACUAUGGCCGAGCAUCGGCCCAUAGAUACGAAACCAGAGAUUCCUAUUAGUGUGCCAAUGCCACAAAGCACUGUGACACCAAUAACAGCUCCUAUUACAACCAAUAUACAGUCGACAAUGCCACAAGUUUUACCUUUCCAGAACAAUAUAGUCAACCCUAAUCUGCUAAGUGGGUCUCUACAGACCAAUUUGACGAAUUUAAGUACGCCGUUACAAAUAGCUACAGAUACCCCACUGUUAGGGUUGAGUCAAGUGGGAACUCCUUUGGGAGUGAGCGGGGAACUGGGUCUAAGCAUGGGAUUAGGUGCAGUAGGUUCAACAUUGGGGGAUCCCAUGGGGCUAACAAGGCUCCCUUUCGCGCAGCCCACACUUACACCCACUCCUGGACUAAGUGAUACGCUCCCCAACGCUGAAAACAUUCAGAGGAUGCUGUUGAAGCAAAAUAUAAUGAAUCAGCAACAAAACCUAACUGGUCCUAACCUCCUGGGCCUUCUCAACCAGCAGCAAUUCCCUCAGCCUGACCUCGCUCUACACAGCCAUCUACUCACCAACGUUCCACCAGCGGGCGGUGUGACGUCAACGCGAUUGCCCCCUCACUACCAGCCGCAGAGGUACUACCAGCCCAUGUUGGCCACAGCAAACGACUUUAUAGUUCAACAGCAAGCAUUACAAAACUCUGUAUCGCAACUGAGUGGGCAGGCUAUUGGUGCUGGCUUUGGACUGGGGUUGGGACUUGGAGCUCCACUGCAGGGAGGAUUGGGUACUCCUCUGCUACAGCAUCAAAAUAUAGGGCUCGCCGCGCAGAACCUUGCUCUCAAUCAGAACAUCAUGGGGCAGAAUCUUGGACAGAAUUUAGGUGUAGCCCCGCAGAGCCUAGCACUAGGCGGUCAGAAUCUCAUAAGCGGCACUGGGCUGGCGCUGGGCGGCGCGGCACUGGGCCGCGUGGCGCCACACUUGGCUGCGCGUGCGCUGCGCCGCCCGCUCGACGCCGACGCACGUAUAACGAAUAUGAACUCGACGGGUUCGACACAGCCCAGCACGCCGAAAGCUCAAUCUUACGAAUAUAUGUUACAGCAAAAACUGUCUGCUAUAUCUAACAGCGGUCCAGUAUCACCUCAGUCCCCAAUAGAGUACAGUCCAAUGCUUUCGCCGACGCAACGUGGAAUCCACGCAAUACAACCACAUAAGGGCGAGGUUAACGAAGCGCUUGGCAGUGAAGGUGUAGAGAGCGCAGAUUUGGUCGGCCCGAGCGCUGAGGCGGGACACGCGUCGCGCCUGGCGCACUUGGACCACGAACUGAGCAAGAUCAGCCUCCAUUACAAGCAUCCGCCAACAAAGGAUGUGUUUAUGCAACACAAUGCAGAGGAACAUGACUUGCUUUCUGACAACAUCAAUGAUGGUGCUGACAAUGCAUAUGAAGAGCUGGGCGCGGAGUGGGAGAGCGCUAAGCAACGCUACCGCGUGUCGCGAGCAGCUCCGUGCCGCGGCUACGCACUGUGCCGACUGCUGCCCCGCACGCGAAUGCACGCGAAAGACUCGUCGCACGGCUUCGGUGAGAACGGUUUGGAUGAAGUGUCGUGCGAGCAUAGCUCAUGGUGCGAGGAGGGAGGUGAGGAGACGGAGGGCGGGGAGGGUGCGGAGGGUGAGGAGGUGGGCGACACGUACGUGCUGACGGACUCGGCACGCGCGCGCUGCUACGUCCUUACGGACGCGCUCAGCGGCCGCACGGCCACCGUGCUCGACCCCGCGCCGCUGCAGGGAGAAACGAAACCGAGCGCAGAAGAAUUAGAAGACCGAGAACGCAGUUUCUUAAUUCUUGAUCCGGUGCGCGAUAUGACGUGUACAGUCAUUAGCCGUACUUUGGACUUAGAGAAAGACUCCGCUUUCGAGGGCUUCGUCGAGGGCUGCUACUCGCAGGAGAGCGUACCAGAGCAGGAAACAACGGAUAGUAUAUCAACGACAGAGGAGCUGAACAAAUGGCGGACGGUCGUCAUCGAGGGGCAGCCGUGGCGGGAGGGCGACACGGUGUCGAGCGCGGCGGGCAGCGGCGCGCGCUACGUGGCGGGCGUGGCUGGCGGGCCGGGUGGCGCGCUGCAGGCCGACGUGCUGCUGGACGACGUGCUCACCGACAGAGUGCUGUGCCGGCAGAUGGUGUUGGUGUCGUUGCGCGCGGCGCCACAGUUAUGA